AAGCCAUUAAGAAAAUUAUUAUUUCAAAAAUAGAGGAAACUGAUAUGAAAGUAGCACUUUGUAGUUGUGAUGCAAUUACUGUUAACUUGCCAAUUCUAACUGUACUUGGUGUUGUCGCUCAUUUGCCAGUUCAAGAUUUAUUAAAAUGUAAAACCAAUAAGAAUAGCA